AUGAUUUUGAAACUUAUUCAAUUCUCUCUUAUUAAAAUCAUUCUAGCCGAUCAGCUGGCGAAUUUGUACAACACAAUUAACAAUCCUCAACUGUAUGAUAAGAAAUUGAGGCCUCAUGAUAAGAUUAAAGCCGCAGAAGUCAACGUAAGUUUCUACAUUCAGUCAUUCGACUCUCUCCAAGAAUCGACAAUGGAUUAUAGAUUGACCAUGUUUUUGCGGAUGUUUUGGGUGGACCCAAGACUCACAUUUUUCAUCCCCAAAGAGGACUGUCUCACCAAGGCUAAUUGCUCCUCCGAUGUCAAAAUGGAGCAACUCACAGUGCACUCAGACGUGCUCAAAGCAAUUUGGAAGCCAGAUUUGUUCUUUUCGAACGAGAAAGAAGGCUCGCCCCACAAGAUAAUCACCGAAAACGCGCUCAUCCGCAUCAGAGAGGACGGACUCGUCUACGUUUCCAUACGCUUGACAGUGGUAGCAGCUUGCAGAAUGUACCUCAAUCAUUUUCCUAUGGAUGUUCAAGUCUGUAACCUCCGCGCCGAGAGCUUUGGCUACAACACGAAUGAUGUUCAAUUUCACUGGACAGACACACAAACGCCGCCGUUAGAUUUGCAGGACGAUCUCCAAAUGCCGCAGUUCAAGUUAGUCGGUCACCAAACCGCAGUUUGCGACAAAGUUUACACAAGUGGCACAUACACUUGCAUCGAAGCCAAGUUCAUUCUAAAGAGGGAAAUCGGAUACUAUUUGAUUCAAAUCUACGUCCCAUCCUUCCUGCUCGUAAUUUUAUCUUGGGUUUCUUUUUGGAUCUCAAUCGAAGCAACGCCCGCUCGAAUUUCGUUGGGAAUUACGACUGUUCUGACAAUUUCUUCAAUGCGAAAUGGCGCUGCGAUGUCACUGCCAAAAGUUUCUUAUAUCAAAGCUAUCGAUAUUUGGUUAUCAUUUUGCAUGGUAUUGGUUUUCGCCGCGGUGUUGGAAUAUGCGAUCGCCAAUUAUCUUUAUCGGCAGUCAGAUGGCAUCUUGGCCCGCAACUCUAGGCGAUUGAAAAAGGGACAUUGCAAUCUGGUCUCGAAAUAUCUCAAAAACUGCAGAACUCUUCGAAAACGAAAAGCCACAAAGAAAGAAUACACCAACGGAAGCGCUCCAAAAAUCAACGGAAGUAUGAACGGAUCAGUAUACUGUGCGAACUACUCGGCGCAUUACGAUUCGCCUUCGUAUUUCAACACGAAAUUGAACGGAAAUGCGAACAUUCACAGUCAGGAUCACAGUCACUUCGAUCUUCAUCACCAAGUUCCUAAAAAUUCUACGGCAAGUAGAGCGGAAGACGAAGAUGAUGAGUUGGCUGACGCACUGUACUAUAGGCAUUUGUCGAAGAAAAUCGAAAAAGAAAGCAGGGUGCUUUUUCCGUUCAUUUUUACCGCCUUCUGCCUCUGUUAUUGGAUUUAUUACAUGGUCUGGUCAAAUGAGCUACAGACAUGGCUUGACGACGAAAAUACAAUCAAAUAUAAAGUGAGUGAGGAUCGAAACUGA